AACUUUAAAAGCGCGGCAUCCUGCUGCAGGUAGUGGGGCCCCCGCGCCAACGCUGUUGUUUGCCCCGUUUGAAUCUCACUCAGUUCUGUGCGAGCUUUCGGUCUGAAAUUAUCCAACUCCCGGAGCCCAACUCAGCCGGAUCGCGAGUUUUUCACGGAGUUUCGGGCCCUGCAAUCGGCGGAGUUGUGCGGACCCGCCCACUUUUCAUCAUGAUCCAAGCGUGAAGACGCUCUCAACUCACCGCGGCUCUUUAUGUCAUUGAUAACAAUUCGAAUCUCCAACUGAAUGGAGCGGUAAGCCACGCACCAAUUCGCGUUUUUUUUCCAACUUCCGAACUUUCAGCUGGAACGGCUAAAAGUGUGGAUACAGUGGCUCAAUUUUCCGUGCGUUACAGUGGAGUUGUUUUCAGUGAUGUGUAACUAGAGGAUUUAUGUUUGGAGUCAUGAAUUUUCCCGGCAUUUUUCUCUGGCUCUUUGGAGCAGCUACGGCCCUCAAUACAGGCAGCCAUUUUGUGACCCACACCGAACCUUUCCAAACACGAGCGACGACGGGGACGACGCUCAGCGCCCAGGCGCUCGUUGGGGGCACUGCAUUGCUCCCCUGCGACCUUACCACGUCAGCACGAAAUGACAGCGUUGUGUUAGUGGUUUGGUACAAGGACGAACACACACCGAUAUACAGUUAUGAUGUUCGUGGUUCUUUUGGAAUAAGGCCCAGCCAUUGGACGGACGACAAAAUCAAAUCAAGGGCUCUGUAUAGGACCAGCACCGAACCAUCCACUUUGAGUGUUGUGAAUGUGAGUGAAAAUGAUGAUGGCGAGUAUCGAUGCCGUAUCGACUACUUGAAAUCACCAACGAUAAACUUGAGAGUUCGUCUUACUGUUAUUGUUCCUCCAGAAGCCCCCAGAAUAACCGACGAAUCAGGCAAGGAAAUUGCCCAGAUAGCAGGGCCUUACGAGGAAGGAAGCGACUUGAAACUGAACUGCGUUGUCAGAGGAGGAAAACCGAUGCCAUUGAUAAAAUGGUGGCACGAAGGAAAACUAAUUGAAUCCUCGGAAACGCACAUCCGUUACCAGAACGUGCUUUCCAACCAACUGACUAUUCACGGUCUGCAAAGGUCACACCAAAACGCCACAUUCACAUGUCAGGCCUCGAACAACAACAUCAGUCAACCGUUAUCCGCUUCGACAUCGAUCGACGUUUACUCUCGUCCAAUCAGCACGGAAAUUUUGAGCAGCAAUCAGCCUUUCAGUGCCGAUCGAAAAUAUCCGAUUCCUUGCCAGACUUUCGGGUCCAGACCACCAGCUAAAAUUAUAUGGAUUUUAGAUGGAAAGGAGCUGAAGCCUCCCAAGUUUAAUAUUUCGGCAACGAACUCAGAUGAUAACAACUCAACUACUUCGACCCUGACGAUUGUACCCAGUCGGCAGGACAACGGCCGCACUUUAACCUGUCAAGCCAUCAAUCUCAAGGUGAAAAAAGGCAUAGAAGAAGCGAGCUUGCAGCUUAAUGUAUAUUAUGUGCCAAUACUCCAUUUAUCUCUCGGUUCCAACUUGAAUCCGGAUGAUAUCGAGGAAGGCGACGAUGUCUACUUCGAAUGCAAAGUCAACUCCAAUCCCCAGGCUUACAAAGUUGUUUGGAAGCACAAUAACCUCGUAAUGCAAGCUAACCAAAAGGCCGGCAUCAUAAUUAGUUCGAGAGCGUUGGCCCUUCAGGGAGUGACACGAAGCCAAGCAGGAAAUUACUCCUGCGUCGCAUCGAACGUUGAGGGAGAUGGAGACAGCAAUAUUGUCCAGCUAAAGAUAAUGUAUAAACCGAUUUGUCGACGAAACCAAAAACAGAUCUAUGGUGUGGCCAGACACGAGAACACGAAAAUCCUUUGCGAAGUUGAGUCUUAUCCACCUCCGGAUAGUUUCAGCUGGUCGUUUAACAACUCGGCAGAAACCAUUGAGUUUCCUCAGACGCGCUAUAAUUCGGAAAACUAUUUGUAUUCAUCCACGUUGACGUAUUCGCCCAUCACCGAAUUGGAUUAUGGAACAGUGAUGUGUUGGGCGAACAACUUGGCAGGACGACAGCAUGAGCCAUGCAUAUUUCAUGUCAUCGGCGCUGGAAAACCGGACCCUCUGCAUAACUGCUCCAUUGUCAAUAGAACUAACGAUUCCCUGGAAGUCGAAUGCACUGAGGGAUUCGACGGCGGCCAACCGCAAUAUUUUCGUUUAGAGGUUUACGACAGGAAAACUGGCCUCAUUCAAGCUAAUGUUUCGGCGAAAUUCCCCCUAUUUAUCGUGAGUGGUCUGGAUCCGGGAACAGAACUGAAAAUGGUAAUCUAUGCUGCAAACAGCAAAGGCCGCAGCGAUCCGGUACUGCUCGAAGGAUUUACACUAAAAGUAGCCGAAAAGCAGACAGUUCUCUCGCUGGGUACCCGAGAUCAGAUUGAAAUCGCACCCAUGCUCGGUUUGAUGGUUGGGAUCGUGACUGCCCUGUUGCUCAUCACUGUCAUAGUUUUGGCCACCCUCAAGAUCUGCCAGACGCGAAGGUGCGGCUCAAGAGCUUUUCGAGACCGAUUCUUUCCCCCCAAGAGGAAAGUGGUGAUACAGCAACGAUGCGAUUCCAUCGAUCUUUUUGAAAAGGACGACAGGAACCCGGAUGUUGUACCAUCGAAUAAAGAUUCAGAUUAUCAACUGGGUUCAGCUGCCCAAACUCCCGGCUUAAACAAUUCAGUGAUCUCCGUAUCGGGAAAUCCGAACGAUUUCGCAACCACAGUGUCUUCACCUGUGUCUUCACCAUCAACUAUCAACAAUAUAACGCCCUUAGCUGAGGCCUACAUGGCCCGAAACAGAAACUUCACGUCGCCCAAUACAUCAACUAGCAAUGAGGUGGUUUACGCGGAGCUACAGCUGGCACGGCCAAAAUCUCUAGAUGCUAUCAAGAAUGGUGGUCAACAAUUAUCAGCAGCUCAACAAUACGCCACCUUGAGGAAAGGGGACGAAUCGACAAUCUACACGAAAAUUGACCACGGGCGAAGGCCACCUCCUCCUGUUCCCAUCAGCAGGACUUCACCCAUUAUUUCACCUGUAACGGCCAUGUUUCCCACCUCCAAACAGGGGCUGUACCAUAGGGAGGUGGUAACAGUGCGGACACCUUUAAUGGGCUGCCAGCAGGAAAGUUGUGUUUAAGUAAGGACCAGAGUGUAAAUAAUUAUAGAUGUGUUUUAUGAGAAUGUUUAUGUAGUGGAAGUAGGUGCAGUAUUUGCUGAAGCAUUCGAAAUCGUGCCGGGGGGUAAAAAUUAGACGAAAACCACUUCGAAAGCGGACAUUGAAUUGGCAAUAAAGUGCAAUUCGAAUUCCCAAGUUUUAAUUUGUUUGCCUAAAAUGCGACGACAAGUUUCGAGCAUCCUCAACUUUAGCGAACAAAAUUUCAAUUGAACUUAAAAAGAUUUGCAGGAAUCCAACUGUUUGAACUGGCAACGACUCAGUUAGAUUUCCUUGACUUUCCAUUCAUGAUAAUGAACGAGGUCCGAAAAUUAUGUCUAGGCUGAAUGUGCACCUUUUUCUGCGCUAAACAGAGCAAAUGCUAAAGAUGAAGAGUUAAGAAAGGUUUGUUAAGUUUUCCAGUUCCAGAUAGAAUAUACAGAUCAAACAAAUUUCUUAUUUUUUUAUAGACACUUAACUUAUUUGAUAUCAAUAACCGAAUCAUUAACUAUCUCAUUCUUAAUAUGUUCAGUUUCUUGACCAAUCUCGAAUAAUUGCAAAAUGGUUGGGUUUUGGUUUUGGUCACAGACAAGACUGAAUUCCCAAGAAACAUUAACCAUCCUGCAAUUAUCUCAUCCUUAGGCAACGUAAAACCAAAAAACUCUCUUGUUAGUGGUUUAGAAUAUUUAUUUUCAUUCGUAUAGCUUUAACUAACAAUAAUUAAAUAAUUGUAUCAGUAUUUAUUAUAAACUUUUCUAUUUUUGUAUGGGACCAAAAGAUGAUUGUAUUGGUCGAUGUUAUGAUGAUGAUGCGUAUCAGUGUCGAAUUGAGUUAUUGUAAAAGUGCAAUUUUUACAUAUCGAUGUCAUGCGGGAAUCAGGAAAAACGCCGUUUGAGUUGUGCAAAAAUCCUAUUUUCCUGAUUCUUGCUAUAUUUUGUUUGUAUCAUUGUUACCAAUUCAAAUGUAGGUCAAUAAUAGUGCAAUUAAAUGAUAAGUACACUUUUGUCAAACUAUUUUGUUAUUCACAGUUUAAUCCUAGUUGUGCUCGUCAAUGAUAAUCUUGGUCAUACCUACUGUAAAUAAUUAGGAAUAGUGUACAUUGCUUCAAUUUUUCAUUUUCCUAAUCGCGUACUCAAAUGGCAAAGUGACUACCACACGCAACAAAGAGAUAACAAAUUGAUCAUCAAAGUGAUUUUUGACAUCCCAAAAUAUCCUCAAAUCGAUAUCAGAAUUAAUUCGCGGCCUAUUCUCAAGACCCCUAUCCUCCUUCCUACGCAAAAGUAACCCCUUUCCUUAGAUACCUAAUUGUAAAGUCCUAGAGUGGAGCCCAUUGAAGCAGAAACAAUAAUUGAAAAUAUCUUGUAAAUAGCUAACUAUUUUAAAUAAAGUUUUGUACGAUAUGGUGAACAAAAUGGUGGAGUUGCUGUACAAAUCUGGAAAGUAUGUGUUGGCACAACAAACUUGUACAAACUGUACAUACACACCAAGUUCGUUUGUCAUAAAUGUGAUAUGAUGUACUUCGAUGUCGAAGACUAAUGAAUUUAAUUGAAUUUAUAUAUAUUAUUAAUGGUAACGGAAUCAUAUCUUUUUUCUGGACGUUUGAAAGUUUAUUCUGUCUCUUUAUAUAAAAAAAUAAACCAAAUUAUGUAUACUCCUAAUAAUCUAAUAAUAAAGUGUUAAGAGUA